CAGCCGCGUUACUAGUUCAGUGUACCUGAUAUAGUGUUUUGUGUGACUUUAUACAUGCCAUAUAGUCAUGGCAGCUGCACCGGAUUUUAGUUCGAUUAAAUCAGCUUGUGAGAAAUGGCUAGCGUCACAGAAAUCGAGUCUUCAGCUAUUGACAGCUGACAAUGUGGAAAGACGACUGGAUUUCAUUCUCCCUUCCAACGCGGAAGUUUCAUUCUAUUUGGUCUGUUCCGAAGAUCAAAAGACUCAACAAUGGAGGGUUUGGAGUGAGCAGAGUGAGCUUAUCCCAGUACUACUGACGAUCCAGGACAGCUUGGGGAGCUGCAAGCAGAGGAGUGUGGAGGAGGUCUUACAGCUGGUCAUGGCAUCUCUCAAACACGUUUUGGGCACCGAGGCUGUGGGGCAAGAGGACAUAGAGGACAAGGAUGAAGGACUAGAGGAUGAUGAUGAUGCUGAUGAUGAUGCUGAUGGUGAUGAUGAUGAUGAUGAUGUGGAUAUCUACUACCCAGAUGAAGAUACUGAUGCCUUAAGGGACUCGCAGCUUUCACAAUCAUUAGAAGAAGGCGGUCAAACUGCUGAUGAUUUCUUCACAGGAGAUGGGAGUCCGAUUGCUGUACAAAGAUUGCUCAAAGAUUUGAAAUAUCUGUCAAAAGAUGCAGCAAGUCAAUAUGGAAUUUCCGGCUCUCCAAAGAAUGAAAACCUGUUUAUUUGGGAUGUGAAGUUGACAGACAUCCCUAAAGACACACGGCUAGGUAAAGAUCUUCAUGCCUACGCUGUCAGGUAUAAUAGAGAACCUGUUGUAACCAUGGAGAUGAAGUUCCCGUCUGAUUACCCAAUGAGUCCACCAUUUGUCAGAGUGAUCAGGCCUCGCUUCAAAUUCCUCACAGGUCAUGUGACUGUGGGAGGGAGCAUUUGUAUGGAGAUGUUAACCAGGUCAGGCUGGAGGCCGACUAAUGAUAUAGAGAGUAUUUUAAUCCAGAUCCGUUGUGAGAUUUUGAGUGACCCAAACGCUUCUCUAGAUUCUAACCCUGACAGAGCCUAUGAUGAGACGGAGGCCAAAACUGCAUUUGAAAGGAUGGUGACUCGCUAUGGCUGGAAUAGGUAACCAGGGGUCAUAUAGGAGAAUCACAUACAGACUGGAAUAGGUAACGAAGAGUCAUGUAGGGGAACCACAUAGCUGUGAUACAUGUACAUAAUAGAGAGAGAAGACUACAUACACACACUGGAGGAGGUAACCACCGCUGCUGUUGGAGGAUCUUUGCCGUGGUACAUGAGGACAGUGGUGACCACACACAGACUGGAAUAGGUAACCACACACAAACUGGAAUAGGUAACCACGUACAAACUGGACUAGGUAACCACACACAGAUGUGAAUAGGUACUCAUGUACAGACUGAAAUUGGUAACCACCGCUGCUGUUGAAGGAUCAUCGCUGUGGUACAUGAGGACAGUGGUGACCACACACAGACUGGAAUAGGUAGCCACGUACAGACUGGAAAAGGUAACCACCGCUGCUGCUGGAGGAUCAUUGCUGUGGUACACGAGGACAGUGGUGACCACACACAGGCUGGAAUAGGUAACCAAAUACAAACUGGAAUAGGUAACCAUGUACAAACUGGAAUAGGUAAUCACUCACAGACUGGCAUAGGUAAUCGCACACAGACUGGAAUAGGUAACCACAUACAGACUGGGAUAGGUAACCACACAGAGACUGGAAUGGGUAACCACAUACAAACUGGAAUAGGUAAUCAAAUACAGAUGGGAAUAGGUAACCACACACAGACUGGAAUAGGUAACCACAUACAGACUGGAAUAGGUAACCACAUUCAGACUGGAAAAGGUAACCACGUACAGACUGGAUUAGGUAAUCACAUACAGACUGGAAUAGGUAACCACACACAGACUGGAAUAGGUAACCACACACAGACUGGAAUAGGUAAUCACAUACAGACUGGAAUAGGUAACCAAAUACAGACUGGAAUAGGUAACCACAAUCGUACUGGAAUAGAUAAUCACACAGAGACUAGAAUAGGUAACCACACAGAGACUGGAAUAGGUAACCACACAGAGACUGGAAUAGGUAAUCACAUACUGACUGGAAUAGGUAACCACACAGAGACUGCAAUAGGUAAUCACAUACAGACUGGAAUAGGUAACCACACAGAGACUGGAAUACGUAAUUACAUACAGACUGGAAUAGGUAACCACAUUCAGACUGGAAAAGGUAACCACGUACAGACUGGAUUAGGUAAUCACAUACAGACUGGAAUAGGUAACCACACACAGACUGGAAUAGGUAACCACACACAGACUGGAAUAGGUAACCACACGCAGACCGGAAUAGGUAACCACAGGAGCUGUAGGAGGAUCAUUGUUGUGAUACAUGAGGGCAGUGGUGACCACAGACAGUCAUCAACUGUGGACAACGACAAUUACUGAGCUUAGAUAUCAACAUUCCAAUGAAAGGUUGUACUUCAAUGUUUGCUCUUUAUGUGUGUUACAUAUAUAUUUCUAUAUUUCAAACUGAUAUUGACAUAGAAAUGAAAUACACGACAUGGUCUUGUCUUUAAUAUGUUGAGCAGACGUGAGAGGGUAACUCUUCAUGCUUCGAGUACUAAGAAGCUUAUUGAAUGAAUGUAACACAUUGUAAUGUUGGUUGCCACUGUGCAUCUUUGUAGUGACUUCAGGGAAGUUGAGGCCAAACCAUACUUUAAUGGUGGGUUACAUUAAAUUUGAAGCUUUGCUCAAAGGGUAUGCUAGUCUAGUGCCUAGUGUCUAGUAUUAAAUCAUAUUAUGUGUUUCAUGUAAAGUAUUUAAAUAAUGCUUCCAAUAAUGCUUUUGUGUAAAUAGUUCAAAAAUAAAUCUGUGCUGAAUAACGGUUACAUUUAGUUUUUUUUUUACAUAUGACUUUCUUUUUGAUCCAUCAUCAACCUUUUGGAUCCAUCAUCAACCUUUUGGAUCCAUCAUCAACCUUUUGGAGGCAACCAAAUGUAAUUCUGACUGAUACAUUUCUAAGCUGUACUUGAAUAAUUUGAUUGAGGUUAUAUAUUUAAAAUUAAACAUUGCAGUGCUCAUUUGCUGUGUUUUUACACAUCUACAUGUGGUCUUUCUAGUUAUUUCUCUGACCGUAGUCCUGUCCUAAUACACAAUCAGCUUUAUCACUGUCCUACAGACACUAACAAUAAUGAUUUAUGUGGCCUCCUCUCUUCUCAAAUAAGCAAAUUCCUGUAAACGUCUUGUAAAAAAAAAGAUCGACCUGAUCCACAAAUCUACAAGAAACUAAAACACAUUUUUGUGAAUUUAUGGCAUUGGAAUCAAAAGAAAUGUUUUCAAAACAUGUAAAUUCUUACCACCAAAACAUGUAGGAAUUCUUUUCAAGAUUCAUUUGCAUGAAAACAGCUCUGACAAUCUUGGUCCUAUCCAAUCAGUCCUGUCCAGCCUUAUCCAAUCCUAGUCCUAUCCAAUCCAAGUCCUAUCCAAUGUUUGUCCUGUCCAAUCUUAGUCCUAUCCAACCCUAGUCCUAUCCAAUCUUAUCCAAUCCUAGUCCUAUCCAAUCCAAGUCCUAUCCAAUCUUAUCCAAUCCUAGUCCUAUCCAAUCCAAGUCCUGUCCAAUCUUAGUCCUAUCAAAUCCUAGUCCUGUCCAAUCCUAGUCCUAUCCAAUCUUAUCCAGUCCUAGUCCUAUCCAAUCCAAGUCCUGUCCAAUCUUAGUCCUAUCAAAUCCUAGUCCUGUCCAAUCCUAGUCCUAUCUAAUCCUAGUCCUAUCUAAUCCUAGUCCUAUCCAAUCCAAGUCCUAUCCAAUCUUAUCCAAUCCUAGUCCUGUCCAAUCUUAGUCCUAUCCAAUCCAAGUCCUAUCCAAUCCAAGUCCUAUCCAAUCCUAGUCCUAUCCAAUCCUAGUGCUAUCCUAUCCAAGUCCUGUCCAAUCCUAGUCCUGUCCAAUCCAAGUCCUGUCCAAUCUAAGUCCUGUCCAAUCCUAGCCCUAUCCAGUAUUUCACCAACCAAUCAAUGAGCUACACUUGUAUGUGAUUGGCAGUAAAUCACAUGUAUAAAUGUUUGUGACUUUUCACCACUUAGUCACCAUUUGUACAGCAGCACAUGAUUUCGUAGGGAUACAUGUUGGCAAUAACUCAAAUGUCCUAAGCGAUGAAUUGUAUAGUAUUGUUGUAAAGUGUGUUAACUCCAUUCACAGGUAGGUGUGUCUUCGACCUCAGUAAUACAGAAUCUCUAACAUAUGUCUGCUCUGUUGGCCUGUAUGGAAAUUUGUCUUCACUCUUGUAGGUGUAUCUUCUAUACAUACUGAAUGCCCUCUAUGGCUGAAGUAGUGCAGCAGUGCAAUGACCUCUAACCAAUGUAGUCGCUGUGAGUUCAAGUCCAACUCAUGCUGCCUUCCUGUCUGGCAGGUCGUGGGAAUGUCUGCCAGUAUCCUGCAGAUGGUCGUGGGUUUCGUUUGGGUUCUGCCCAGUUUCCUCCAACCAUAAUGCUGGCCGCUGUCAUAGAAGUGAAAUAUUCUUGAGUACGGCGUUAAACAUCAAUCAAGUAAAUAAAUAAAUAAAUAUACAUACUGUACGUGUAUAUGCCUAAAAUUUACUUUGUCGUCAACUUGUAAUCUGAUGUGAAAGACAUUUGUUGUCUACUUUUGUAAAUGUGCG